UCAAUUGACGAUCGACUGUAGUUUUGGAUAAAGGAAUAACAUUAGCCAUCUUCCAUUGUUCUGGAAAAACGCCAGAGGACAAUGAUAAGUUAACCAACCGUGUGAAAUAACAUAGUCCCAAAAAUAUGCAGGAAAUGCCAUUUCAGAAGACUUAAUUUUUAUUAUUUUUUCCCAGAAGAACUAGAUUUCAAUUCACUGAACAGUCUCCCUAAAUUUUACCUCCAGUGGUUGGAGGCCCAAGGCACACAGGCUAUAACUAUGUAGGCAUGCAAUUUAAUAUCUGAAAAUAUGAAAUGGGUGGUAACUGCAUGGGACAGGCAUUAAACAAAGUGUUAACUAAUUAGCUUCAAAUGUUAUGCACCUAUCUUCACAGACUAGCACUGUUAGAGUGACAUUGUUUCUAUGCUUUUUAGGAAAUCACAAACAAUUGUCCAUUUCUCGGUGGAAUCCUUCAGCUCUGCAAUCAGUUUUUCUUACAUAACAUGGCAAAACUCAAGUGGCCCAACCGCUUUUAAUGUUCACAUGUCCAAAGUUACAUUCCAGCACUGCACUCUUGAACAUGUCAACUUCCAGUUUACUGGCUUAAACACAAACUUAUUAAUACAAAAUACUGCAGUAAGCCACUGUUCCUCACAAAGUACUGAGAUCCCAUUAUUUUUCAUGCAGAUAUUGUACAACUAUAGCACUAGUAUAUUUAUACAGAAUUCAACAUUUUCAUAUAACAAAAGUCCUAUUAUUUAUGCUAUGCAAUUUCAAGAAAUAUUUAUGGAGGACACAUUGUUUCUCAAAAACGGAAAAGACAUUUCCAGUUUGCCAUUGCUCACAGUUAGCGGUUCAUCUGUGGUUCUGAAAAACUCCAUUUUUAACCACACUUUGGGAACAUCCAUCGAAGUUAAAAAUGUGAAAAAUUUUAAAGCAAGCAAAGUUGUAUUUCUCUCUAACAAUGGGUCCAUUGGAAGUUGUUUGGUGGUGAAAAGACAUAGUAAUGUCAGUUUGGUGGAUACAAUAUUCAAACAAAAUACAAAUCCUGUAGUGUUUGUCAAAGACAAUGAUGGUAUCAAUAUUUUACUCAAGGUUUGGUUCAUUUCUUGCUUUGCCUUUACUCAUUUCUUCAAUUUUUCCAACUUUUCCAACCUUCCCUUUCUUCCUUUACUUCUUUCCAUCUUUCUUUGAUUCCUUCUUUUCUUCUACCUUCUUUUCUCCCUUUCAAAUCAUUUUCCAUUUUCCCCCAUGUCUCCUCAUUUCUUUACAUCCAAUUUUCAACCUGUAUCUUUCUUCCUUUCAUGCUUCUACCCAUAUUCCCUUUUCAUUCCCCCCCCCCCCCUUAAUUUCUUCUCUUCACACAAAAAUUCUAUUUAGACGUGUAGCUUUGGUUGCAUCCAAAGUAGAGAAGGAAUUAAUCUUCCAUUUCUGAAAGCUUCAUCUGGAUCCAACAUUACCGCCACAAAUUGCAGCAUUGCAAAAUCAUGCUCAGGUUUGUUGAGAACAUGCAUGCAGUGUUGCACCAAUUUAUAUCCUAGAGACAAAUCUUCAGUCUCAGUGUAAACACAAGACAAGCUAACUAGAAUUAGAACUAGCUAGAAACACGUUACAUAAUCUUGACAAUUGUAAAUGGGGACAAAUCAUGCUAGAUGUUUUCCUUAUGUCUAAUGCCGUAUUUACACAUCCUAAUACUGUUUGCUGUGUUUACCAAGGGCUAGAAAAUAUAUUUCUCUUCCAAAUAGAAAUUUCCUGUGCAAGUCGAAUAUAAAACUUCCUGUAUCUGUAGAUUUCAGAGAACGUAUAUGGUGCCACACAAUGUGUAAACAAUUGUAGUGGACAAUCUCGACUUACAAAAUGCUUUUGUAAACAAUAAGAAAAUUAUAUGGCAUUCCAGUAUAUAAGAUGACAAACAAUUCCUGCAAGAUGUAAGAAAAUUUCCUGCGAAGAUAUUUUGUCUAAAAUUUUCUGGCAGCGGUGCUGCUGGCGUUGCCAGACAUUUUCUAUGUCAUUUUUCUGUGAGCAGGCUAGACAUUUUCCAGCACUGGUAUUUACACAGACAUAUAUUAUAAGACAAACUAUCAUUUCCUUGGCCAAGUUCGUCCAGACGAAUCAUACAUCUCUAGGAACAUUUUUUAUGAAAACUAAAUAUGCACUUGUCCUUACAUCCUGGCUAACGCCGGAUGAUUUUACUCCAAUUUCUAUAGUGCAUUGCAACAAUGGUGAAUUGGUAAAGUCUAAUCUAUAUUGUGAAAAAUGUCAGCCUGGCAGUUUCUCAUACGAUGAAACAAACAACAUCUUGUCUGAUUCCUGCCGAAGGUAGGUUCAAACUGGAUGUUGACACUUAUAGUUUUACACUUUACACUUCACAACUUUUGACUAAAACUGUCGCAUGCAACCUGCGUGCUUGACUUACAGAGUCAGAGAGUACAAGUCAAGCUGUAAGCAGGUUGCAUGUGGCAGUUUUAGCCAGAAGUUGUGUGGUGUAAAUCGGCCUCAAUUAUAGCCAUACAGAUGACACGAAAAACACAGGAUUAUACGUCUGCAUAUAACGAAAAGAACCUUUUUGUCACUCUGCAGGAUAUAUAGUGCUCAGUGAAAGAAAAAACUUAUUUGCAAAGAAAAAAUUUAUUUUUACAGUUGCCCUGAAGGGACAUACACAUCCAGUACUGGAAGUACAAAUUGCAGUCUGUGUGGAGAAGGCACGUACGCUCCGAAAUCAGGGUAGGAUAUGUUUUUUUAUUAAGAAUAAUAGCAAACUGUACAAGGCUUUCGAUAGGUUUUAGAAAGUGUUCAGUUUUACCAUGCAGAUGUUGGUCGCCUUUAGAAAUAUCUACAUCUCCUAAUUUUAUUAAGAUUUAAGUGCCAUAAAAAGUUGUGUUUUACUAUAGGAAUGAGCAAUGUAAAAAGUGUACCAACGAUUUUUUCACAUCAGAUGCCGGUGCGAAAAGCUGCUCAAAAAGUAGGUUUAUCAUUUUGAUUUUUUGCCAUCAAUGCACAAUUGAGGGUUGCGGCAAGGGUCUUCAAUUUACCAGUGAAAUCAUCAGGCGCAAAAAAUCCAUUUCAUGGCUGAGCGGUUUUUUUCUCGUGUUCUUUUCUAGUGACUCUAGAAUUUAUUUUAAUUGUGGCAGCAACCAUUCCACUGAUUGUCAUACCACUAUUCCUGCUAUUCGGCAAAAUUCUCAAGAACAGAAGUUUAAAAUUGACAGCACGGUUGCAGUGUGGCAAAAGAUACGACAGAUUUGGGCAGAAUGUUACGACUAAUGCAGUAAAAGACGUGUUUUCGCAAGAAGAAGAGUACCAUUAAUUAGGGUUUAGUAGACUCGGAUGUAAACAUGCUUUUGAAGUAUGUCGCAGAUAACUUAUUAAAAUGUCGCGUUUCAGUCGUUCAAUCUAGUUUAAAACAGAUUUAAAAGAAAUAUACUAAAUGUUCAAUACUAAAUGUUCAAAUGUUCAAUAUACUAAAUGUUCUUUAAAAGAAAUAUACUAAAUGUUCAAUGGUAGUAAAAAUUCAAAUUAUUAAAACCUACUCAACUGUUUGCAUUUUACUCAGAAGUAAUUUAUUUCCACCGACAAAGUUUCUGACAAAUGAUUUCUGCAUGGUUUGCUCACCUUAGGUUUUGCGUAGCACGGCUAGGAAACAAUGUUUCUGUGACUUUUUCCAAUGGCCGUUAUUUUUUGUGAAAAGCAGCGCAUGACUUUCAUAGCACUCCUCUUCGAUAUAAUACCAGAAGUUUAUUCCUUAUGACUAUACUGGCAUACGUGAAAGGGCAUCACUCUUUUAUAUUGCGGUAUAAACCGGCGACUGUUGUUUUGUUAAAAGAACAAACUUCAAUUAGCCUGUUUUGAAAAGGUUUCAUCUUCUGCACAUAAGCUCAUGUCUCCUCUUCGACUUCAUUAACAAUAGGUGAGCCAGGAGGAUCUUGAGUCAUUUCAGUAUCUGCAGGUUGUACUGAGAUGUCCUGUUCUGUAGAUUGAUCCAUUUCUUCAGCUGCUUCACUCGAACCAACUUCGCCUUGAGGUGGCCGUGGGAUUGAUUGCUGCUGCUGGUACU